AGCAAAACACCCUCUUUGAGUAAACACUCUCUAACUUACAUACGGAUAAUAGAUUUCCAAUCCAAUUCUCAGUUCUCCCAGUUCUUAGUUGUCAAGUACACACACAGUGUGGGCAAUAUGGAAGCAAUAAGGAGCAGCAGCAGCUUCUUCUUCCCUCACCAUCACCAAACUUGUUUCAAAACCUUCACUAUGCCUCCACUUCCGAAGAGGGUUUAUGUUCCUCCGAUUACUUUGAGAAGAAGAACAGGGGUUUUGGAGGGUUUAGGUCCUAUUAUUCGUGUCUCUGCGUCUCUUAAUGAUAACGAUAAACAAGACGACCUCGACUGGGAGUUGGAGUUUCUUGGAGAGCUUGACCCUUUGGCUUUCCAGGCUCCCAAGAAGAGAAAGAAACUGCAGAGGAAACACUGUGAUGACAUUAAGAUCGACACUGAGAUGGAUUGGUGUGUCAGGGCCAGGAAGAUUGCUCUCAAAUCCAUCGAGGCCAGAGGCCUCUCUCGUACCAUGGAAGAUUUGGUCACCGUCAAGAAGAAGAAGAAGAACAAGAACAAGAAAAAGAAGGCCACCAAAAUCGUCAAGAAAGGCAAGCUACAAGACUUUGAUUUCCCAGCUGGCGAUGGCAACUUCAGUGAUGAUGAUGAUGAUGAGGAGGAGGAGGACGACGACGACGACGAUGACGACGACGACGACGAAUCCAAUGGUGAUGAUGAUUUAAGGAGAACUGUAAGCACUCUUGCAGGAGGGGUGUUCGAAGAAAGGAAGGGUAAGACAAUGCAAGUGCUCGCUCAGAGGCUAUCCCAACUCUCUAGGCCGGGGCCGGGGCCGGGGCCGGGGCCAUCUAAUCGCAGAGAGGAAAUCAACUUGAACAGAGCAAUUAUAGAAGCACACACUGCGGACCAAGUGUUGGAGGUUACUUGGGAGGUCAUUACGGCUGUUGAAAAAGGCCUGAGCCCCUCACCUCUCACUCCUUUGAACAUUGCCACUGCCCUUCAUCGAAUUGCUAAGAACAUGGAAAAAGUUUCGUUGAUGGAAACGCGAAGGUUGGCUUUUGCUCGUCAAAGAGACAUGUCCAUGCUUGUGGGUUUGGCAAUGACAGUGCUGCCUGAGUGCUCUCCUCAGGGUGUUUCCAACAUUUCAUGGGCCUUGUCCAAGAUUGGGGGUGAUCUGCUUUACUUGUCCGAAAUGGAUAGAGUUGCGGAGGUGGCCUUGACCAAAGUAGGGGAAUUCAAUUCCCAGAAUGUGGCCAAUGUUGCAGGGGCUUUUGCUUCCAUGAGGCAUUCCGCUCCUGCUCUCUUCUCCGAAUUGUCGAGGCGGGCAUCCCAAAUAAUUCACACGUUUCAGGAGCAAGAGCUUGCUCAGCUGCUCUGGGCUUUUGCUGCUUUGUUCGAGCCUGCGGAUGAUUUGUUGGGAUCUCUAGAUAAUGUCUGCACUGGAGACCUGAGUUUAAGCCGGGAUCAGCUUGGAAGCAUUGCCUGGUCGUAUGCUGUUUUAGGACAAAUGGAAAGGAGUUUCUUUUCCUCGGUUUGGACAACUCUGGCCCAGUUUGAGGGGCAAAGGAUAUCAGAACAGUAUAGGGAGGAUAUGAUGUUUGCUUCUCAGGUUCAACUUGUGAACCAAUGCUUGAAGCUGGAGUGCCCCCAUCUUCAGUUGUCUCUGGGGACAAAUCUGGAGGAGAAAAUCAGUCGUGCUGGAAAGACUAAAAGGUUUAAUCAGAAAGUAACUUCCUCUUUUCAAAAGGAGGUUGCUCGCCUUCUCACCAGCACAGGCCUGGAAUGGUCAAAAGAAUAUGAUGUGGAUGGGUACACCCUGGAUGCCGUUUUGGCCGAUAAGAAGAUUGCAUUGGAGAUUGAUGGUCCAACUCACUUCUCAAGGAAUACAUUGGUUCCUUUGGGACACACGAUGCUCAAACGCCGCUACAUAACUGCUGCCGGAUGGAAAGUGGUAUCACUGUCCCAUCAAGAGUGGGAAGAACUUGAGGGUGAGUUCGAAAUGCUAGACUACCUAAGAAAAAUUCUUCAAGACUAUUUGGCUGAUCGAGAUCAAUAAACCGAGAAGAGAAGAAAAAGCACGCCAGAUUCUACCAUUCUAGGAUAGUAUUUUAGCAGUUUAUAUUGAUUUUUUUGAAUAUGAUGUUGCUUCCUCUUUCAAGUACAGCAAUAUAUUUGUAACCCUCCGAGAAAGAGUAAAAGAAGUUUUCAGGAUUGAAUAA